AUGCGAAAUGGCGAAUAUCGUUCACACAGUGGUAAUUUUGAAUUACGUGUCCUUUGUCGCCAACGCCAAGGUUACCAAUUGGAACAGCUUGAAAAGAUGGGUGCUAAGAUUUGGGAAGUAAACUACACUGACGAGCAUAAAAUGCGUGAAGUCAUGCGAAAUGUCUGCCAUGUUUUGAUGGUUCCCGAGAGCUCUCGUGAUACCUUAAAGGAAGCUGAAACCUUGAUGUGUGCUGCUAAGCAUGAAAGUGUUGACCAUUUCUCUAUGGUUUCUGUGCUUGCUGUUGACCGUGUUCAAUCUGGUGAUAUCAAUGACCAACACUCCAACGAAUUCCGUACUAUCCUUCACUUCCACAAGAUUGAAGAGAAGCUUAAGAAAGAAUUCCACGGUGAAAAGCAUUGUAUCAUGCGUAUCCCCAUGCUCAAUCAGUUCUUCUAUUUCUUAGCUCCCAAGAUUGAAGGCGAAAACAUUGUUCCUCUUCCUGUCAAGAAAGAUAAGAAAUGGAGUUCUAUCGAUUUGAAUGAUAUUGUCGAAGCUAUUUACUGUUUGGCUAAGAAGCGCUCCGAACGUAGCCAGCAACAACAAAGCGGUGAUGCUUUCCAUCAUAAGCAAGUUUACAACUUCACAUGUUCCAAAGUACACAACACUGAGGAGAUUGUCAAGCAAAUGGGUGAAGGUUUGGAUCAACGCGACUUGCACUUCAAAGAAAUCUCCGAAAAUGAUCUAAAGCAAUGGCUUCAUAAAUUGAAGGACGAUAAGAAGUUCAGCCAACGUCCCGAUGACCGUAAUGAUUUCCGUAAAGGUCGUGAUGGUUUUGCUUCUUUCCCCUUGGGUAAGUUCUUGCAUGAGGAUAUGAUCGAAAUUCUCAUGGAGUAUUGGCGUUUGGUCAAUAAGGGUAAGCUUGAUAUGCAAACCGAUGACCUUGAAAAGGUAUUGGAACGUAAGCCUCAUACCAUAAAGGAAUACUUCGAAGUCAACCGUCAACAAUUCAAGCGUUUGAAGUAA